UAUAUAUACCCGAGAGGCAGCGUAGUAGCUCGAAGGCAUACACGCACAUUUCUCGUCCUCUAUCUGUGGCCACCAACUGCUGUGCUAUUUGAGUACACAGAUACAGAUGGGCAGCUACGACAGCAGCAGUAGUAGUAGUAAUGACUCAUCAGCACGGAACGAGGAGGACGAGUCGUGCAUGUUUGCUUUGAAGCUCCUCGGCGGGUUCGCCGUACCUUUCACCAUCAAGGCGGUGAUUGAGCUGGGCGUCAUGGACCAGCUCCUGACUGCCGAACGCGCGAUGAGCGCGGAGGAGCUGGUGGCAGCAGCAGUGGCAGCACAGCUGCCACGGCCCGAGGUAGCCUGCACCAUGGUGGACCGCCUGCUCCGUUUCCUUGCCUCGCACAGCGUAGUCCGGUGCACGACCGAGGUGGUGGUGGGCACGGACGACGCCACCACCACCACCUGCUGCCGCCGGAGCUACGCCGCGUCACCCGUCUGCAAGUGGUUCGCCAGGAACGGCGUCGAGGAUUCGGUGCUUCCGCUUGGGAUGAUGAUCCUAAACAAGACAUUCCUGGACAGCUGGCAAAACAUUACGGAUGCAGUGUUGGAAGGAGCAGCACCAUUUGAGAAAACCUACGGGAUGCCAAUGUUCGAGUACCUAAGUACAAACGGACCAUUGAACACGGUGUUCCACGAGGCAAUGGCAAAUCAUUCGAUGAUUAUAACCAAGAAACUGCUCAAGUUCUUCCGCGGCUUCGAAGGCCUUGAUGUGCUGGUCGACGUAGGCGGCGGCAACGGCACCACGUUGCAAAUGAUUAGAGGUCAAUAUAAGAAUAUGAGAGGCAUAAACUACGACCUUCCUCAUGUCAUUGCGCAGGCUGCACCAGUUGAAGGUGUGGAACAUGUAGGUGGCAGCAUGUUCGAUAAUAUUCCACGCGGAAAUGCAGUUCUGCUCAAGUGGAUUCUUCAUGAUUGGGACGACAAGGCGUGCAUCAAGAUCCUAAAGAAUUGCUAUACAGCUCUCCAUGUGAGAGGCAAGGUGAUCGUUCUGGAGUACGUUGUUCCGGAUGAACCAGAACCUACUCUUGCAGCUCAGGGUGCCUUCGAACUGGACCUCACCAUGCUGGUCACGUUUGGCAGUGGUAAAGAGAGGACACAGAGGGAGUUCUCCGAGCUCGCCAUGGAGGCCGGCUUCUCUAGAGAGUUUAAGGCUACGUAUAUCUUUGCCAACGUCUGGGCCCUUGAGUUCACAAAGUAAUAGCUCGCACUGUAUGUGUAAGAGCGCGUGUAAGUCUUCAUGAUGUUUGUUCUGCGUGUAAUUUAUUUGUUACCUUUAUAAGUAUGUGCCCUGUAGCCUGUAGGGGUGCAUGACACCUAGAAUAAAGCAUGGGGCGCACACAGAUAUUGUGUGUGUUGCAUCAGUGUAUUGCAUUGAAGUUAUAUAU